AUGUGUGUGUGUAUGUGUGUGUGUCCCCUCGCCGCUUCGUUCAGCGCAGUUGGCUUUGCUGCGAGUUCCUCUGCUGUUUAAAAGGCUCCCAGCAAUGCGUUUCCCAACACGGACAUGGAGCUCGGUUUACUGCGCCUCGGGCUCUCCGGUCUCCUACUUAACACUUUUCUUUAAAAAAGAAAAUAGUACUAAUGCGCGCAAAAUGAUUACUUAUGUGCAUCUUUCUCGGCUGCAUCCAACUUUAAUAUCAAAUUCACUUUAGUUUCUGACCAUCUGUCUCUUUUGCUGUUUUGAAUUAACCCAUUUUAAGCAAAUAUUUCACAGUUGUGCGCGUGUCUCAUGAGUGCGUAAAAGGGCCACAAAGGGUUUUAUUCUCAUCCGCGACUGUCGUUUUUUUUUGUUUUUGUUUUUUUGGGGUGUGUGUGAUAAACUACUCGAUUAAAAGAGUUAAACACUUUAUAAAUCUGCUCUCUUCUCUUUUCUUUUUUUACAAGUUGUGUGUCUUAUUCGGACUGCGGAGCCCAGAGUUAACAUAUGGCAUAAAGGGGAGCACAGCUGGAGGUAGCGUUUCCAUUGCGGUGAUGUCAGAGCAGCUGACUCCACAGCUUGCAGUGUAAUUAGCAAACAGAGCACCAGUUUACUCACUCUGCACUGGUCUUAUUUUUUUCACUUCCACCCGAUGGACCAGUGGUUUCAUUCCCAGUCCCACUUGCGUGUUCUGUAAACACCGCUGUUUCGCGUGCGUUUUGGAUAAAACGCGCCGGUGCGCCACUUUUCGCAAAUAUUUUUUUUUUUGUUGGGGGGGGAGAAGCUCAAGAAGUAGGCUGACUACCACAAAACCGGGACUGUACUUCGGAUAAUCUUUGGGAGAGUUGGUCGCGUUUACACCGUGAUACAUGGGUUAUGAAGGAAGAAUGGAGUUCCCAGACCAUAGCCGCCAGUUGCUGCAGUGUCUGAGUCAGCAGCGUCACCAAGGUUUCCUCUGUGACUGCACUGUUCUUGUCGGGGAGGCUCGAUUCAAAGCGCACAGAGCCGUGCUGGCCUCCUGCAGCAUGUACUUCCAUCUCUUCUACAGGGACCAGCUGGACAAAAGGGACGUUGUGCAUCUCAACAGUGACAUUGUGACAGCCCCGGCUUUCAGUCUGCUCCUUGAAUUUAUGUAUGAGGGGAAGUUGGAAUUCAGCACUCUCCCGGUGGAGGAUGUCCUGGCAGCAGCCAGUUACCUCCACAUGUAUGAUAUAGUGAAAGUGUGUAAAGGCAAGCUCAAAGAUAAGGAACUCUCCUGUCUGGAUGAAAAGAUGAGUGAGAGUUUGGGACUCAGCUGCUUGGACAGGGAAAAUUCUUCAGACAGCGAGCUGCACAGUAAGCUCAUCCGGCGACAGCCACAGACACCGUCUCAGGGGUUACACAGGGCCCCCCCGGCAGAAGAGUUUGACAUGGACAACAGCGAAGUCAGGCUGGCUGUCACAGAUUGUGAUAGGUCUACACAGACCAGGCAGAAGGCAAACGGUCACUCUGGCAGGUCCCCGGACCUUGUAGGUGUCAAUUAUGUGUCAGCAGAGGCCGAGCCCUGUGUCCAAACAGCUGGAAAAACAAAAGCUGAUGUCAGUAGUUCCACCGUAUCGCUGUCCCAGAGGUCCCGGGCUUCAGAUGACAUGGACUGUGCACUGGAUUUGUCUUUCAAGCCUCUGUCUAGCAGAGAUCCCUUACACCCCUCCUACGUCUCGGGACAGCUGGCCCUCGACAGCCAGCAGCAGGGCACUGAGCCACUUGUUAAAGACGAACACGACUUGCUGUCAGAGCAGGAGGACAGUGAGCCGAUGAGCCCUGAGAGCCAGCGCUUUGGGAAUAGUGCCAGGAGCUCAGUGGUGACAGGGUUCGCUGCCCUCUUCCCAGGCAACAACGGCUCCACAGCCGCCCUGCUCUCCCAGGAGGAGGACCUGAUGGACGAGGAGGGGGAGGCCUGCAGAGGGAGGGAGGGCGCUCCAGGCCGGGAGGUAGAGGAGAGGAGGGGUCGGCUGCUGGGGGACAGCGAGGAGGAGGAGGAGGACGACUUGGCCUCUUCAGACAUCUCAACAUCCAGCGGGGUGCUCCUGCCCCCUGGGCAACAGGUGUGUGUGUGCCCCCUCUGCAGUAAAGUCUUCCCCAGCCCCCACGUGCUGCAACUGCACCUCAGCUCACACUUCCGCGAGAAGGACGGCGCCCGCUCCAAGUUGUCCCCCGACGGCUCGGUCCCCACCUGCAUGCAGUGCAACAAGACCUUCUCCUGCAUGUACACCCUUAAGCGCCACGAGCGCACACACUCUGGUGAGAAGCCAUACACAUGUGGCCAGUGUGGCAAGAGCUUCCAGUACUCCCAUAACUUGAGUCGGCAUGCUGUAGUCCACACACGUGAGAAGCCUCAUGCUUGUAAGUGGUGCGAACGGCGCUUCACCCAGUCUGGGGACCUCUACCGCCACAUCAGGAAGUUUCACUGUGGCCUUGUCAAGACUCUCGCCAUUGGAUAAACCACCUCUCAGCAGUGCCAUGACCUAAGACAGAAUGUCUUUUCAUAUACUGAAUAAUACUACUACUACUACUACUACUAGAACAAUUUUCCCAUUACUAUACACUUGUUGGCAGUUUGUUGGAGACAUAUCUUAUGGAUUCUACCCCAUGUGGCAUUUCUCGAGUUAAAGAUGUAGCAACUUUUAAAAACUGGAGCUGUUUUGUGUGCAGGACAGGCAUACGUGAUGGUCAGAGGCAGGCGGGUCUGAAGGUGCACAGGCUUUUCCGAUAAACAUGGGUGCUGUGACACUUGAGCUGGAUCUGUGUGGACGAAGGUGAACAAAUUUAGAUGAUGCACUUGUUUGUUUUUGUCUUGUUUGUGUCAAUCUGUUGAGUUUAUUUGAGGAGUAUAUUUGCCUAAAGCAUCCCAUAUUCAUACCCUAUGGGGAAAUGGGUGGUAGCUAUUGCUAACCUAUGUUAAUACAAUCGUUAGAGCGAGUGAGUCUUUAUCUGUGCACAUGGGAGAUCAGAACCGUCCGUGAGUAGCAAUAUAUGAUUUCUUUUUUUUAACUCCUACAUUAUUAUAUUAUUAUAUUAUUUAUUUUUUGGGAUUUGUUUAGUCCUUAACAAGUAAACUAUCAUAAGGCAGCAAAACUAAUGAAGUCGGACUACUGGAAGUGUAAUUAUUUUUUUCAUUGAAGUAGAAUUUUUUUUUUGUUUGGUUGAAAUGAAGUUGGUUACAGUUCUAUGUUGUUUAUAAGGCAAGCAAGCAGACCAUCAUAUCACCAUAUUUCUAUAUCUUUUUUUUUUUUUUUGCCUUGGGGAGAGCUCUUUGGUUUCUAAUGUGAGUGAGCACAUAUUGAUGGAAUGGCCUUCUGAUUGCUACUUAAAAGGAAGUUGUAUAAUCAGAAGAGUGGUGGGGAGUAGUUAAAAGCUAAUGCCUGUAACACUGGUGCCUACUGAAAUUCUUAACACUUCACCUCGUGUACUUACUCAAACAAGAAGGAGAUACAUCGCCAUGCCUUCUUGUGAAAUUCAGCGAGUUUUCAGCCUUUUAAAAAAAAAAAAAAUCUGGAUUACACUCCACAUACCAGGUGGUAACAAAGGUAAUUGUCUACUCUGGAAUGCCAAAUGAUCCAUGAGUGUCCUUUAAUUAAAUCAUUUAGAAGAAUGUAAUAAAAGUAUGUACAUCAAGCUCUUGUCAAUUAAAUGUUUAUUGACUUGUUUGCGUUAAAAGCAAAUUACCUUUUUAUUUCCUGGUAUGGCAUAAAGGGUACACUGAUGCGGUGUUUAGGGCAAAUCCUCGGCAGGCAGGGAGGGGACAGAGGGAGACAGGUGGAUAUUAAGUACUUUGUCUGGUGUCAGCGCCGUUUGUUGAUCAAAACUGUGCUCCAUGUGCCAUUCAGCCCAAUCUACUGACUUUUCUUUCUUUGAAUUAACCUUUUCACAUUAUCAUAUCUUCUUACUGUACAUGUGGAAGUUACUACUGAUGAAGUUGGAGCCUUUAGUGAUGCUGCCCUUGAGGAGAUGGUUUUUUUUGUGUGUGUCUGUUCACAUCAAUGCUAUAUGGACUGGGCCGUUAAGCACUAAAAGUUCAUGAUAUUUGUCUAAUCUGUCCUGAGAAGACUUGAUCAGAAUUUAUUUAUUAGUUUGACUUGGUUCAGGGUUUACUGUAGGUGUAGUCCUUAUUUCUAUAAGCUUGAAAGACAUCAUGUCUUGCCUAGCGAUCUUGGUACUCAUUAACUGGUAUUGGGGCUGUCUGUUCAUUUUCUCUGUGCAAAUCGAGUUACUGUAAUUGUAUUUUAAUAUACCGUUGUAGAAAUGUCUGCGGAGUAUUCAAGAUUUGUCACAUGAAACAUAGAGAAGCACUUGUUUUUAGCAUGCAUAUAGUUUCAACACUAUUGUCUAGGCUGCUAUUUCUUACUAUAUGUAUAUUUAAUGUAAAUAUAUAUUCUAUUUAUCAAACUGUUUGUUUUUACGUGUUACAACACAUGUAAGGUGGAGAUAGUCAGGUGUCUUAUUAAGGCUGCAGUCUCUUAAAAAAGUGUCCAAGCGUCUUCCCAAGGGAGUUCCUUUUCCAUAUUCAAGACUCGAUCGGACUCACUACGAAUCAGAACAGUUAAUACCUCUCUGAGUGCUGUUCUGCCACUGGAGACAGUUGUUCACAAGCACAGCCACACUGAUACGGCAUUGGCCACCUAUAGAAAUUAGACAAUACAGGCAUUGUCCCCCACCCAAGGCCCCCGCAACACCAAGUCCCAGGUAGUUCUCAAGGGAUCAUUGUGUAUCUCCCUUCUAGCUGUGGGGAGAAAAGGCAGCGCAAGUCUCUCUUUGCACUUUUCUGUAUUGAAUGGAGCCAUUGGAAUGUGAGAAAUGUAUUUAGCAAAGGGAGACCAAGGACACUGUAAACAGGUGUAUUGUUUGGAGGCAUCAAAGAACAGCCCCCCCCCCACCCAUACCAACAUGCAGUAGAUAAAUGCUUCAUUGUUCCUCUACAUGGAGGAGAUACCACGAAGAUUUGAUUGCACAUCUAUCAAGAGAAUAUCAGAAUAAUCAGAGUAUUGUUUUUCCAUGUGCUUGAUUUAGAAAGAUUGUUGAGAUUAACAAUAAUGUCUGGCAACUGUGAUGACAGAGGUCACAUAGAGGUGCUGAAUACCUGUCCAUUUCAGCAUACACACCCUAAGGUGUUUUUUUUGUUUUCUUUUUUCAUUUAUGGUUAUCACCAAGACUUCUUUCAGGACACAGAAAUUAGUUCACAUGUGAUUUCUCAGCAUUUGCAGUUGUUUGUCAGGAUUUUGUAAACGGAGGAGGCCCAAGUCAAGAAGGAAUCAGACCAUUUCUCUCACAAUUACUGCAAUCUGUUUUCAUUCCCGUGAAUGAGGCUUGUGUGUAAUUUGACUAGAAAUGGGAUUUGGCUCCCUGUUUACUUGCACAAACACUCCCGUUGUUCGCAUGAGUUUAAACGCUUCGGUUAGCCGUCAGAACGAUAGGUAUAUUUCAGAUUUUGUGUAGUGUUAAUGUAUAUUUCAAUCAGAACACAGGAAUGUAGAUUUGGUCACUUGUUUCAGUUUUUUAAAGGAACAUUUCUUAUGUGGUGCAAAUUAAAUUGCUUAAUUCUCUAAUGUACAUGUGUACAGACAUAGAAAAACUAACGAUAUGUGAAGAAUUGUUUCUUUUUAUUGUUUGCAGUCUUUAUUUAUACCUCCAAGAUGAUCACCAAAUGUGCCUUGUAGACACACGAAUAGGUGUUGCAUCUGGAGAAGCCCUUUUUCUAUAUUGUACAUUUUUGCCCUCGACUGCGGUGGUAAAGUUCACAUCACAGCAACAGCGGCCCGCUGAACUGUUGUUCCUGUUUGUUUUUUUCUAUCAUAUCAAAAUGUUAAAUCAGACAAACUCAAAGUUUGAAGUCCGUUUAUUUUUUGCUGCUUUGCGAGAGAUUACAUUUUCUGAGAUUUAUUUGACCUUUUUUUUUUUUGUUUGUUUGUUUCUGUGAAUAAAUCUGUUGUGGAUGUGUUCAACUGAAGACAAGCAUUUUUGUGAUUUGGCUUUUAGUAGCCAAUACUACUGGGAACUAACAGUCCAGUCCUUAGUUAAUGUCACUGUUGAAUGUGAAACACUGAGAUGUUGAUUGUUGACUUCUAUGGAAACAGCGCUACUCUUGAUCGAGGGCCAUGUUUGCCUAACUUAUGCUGUAUGAUCUUUAAGUCUAAAAAAAAAAAAAAAACGACUUUACUGAUACUGGAAUUUUUGUCCUCUGCAGGUUACAACUGUGAAAUUGUGUAUAAUCAUGAGAAAUAUUUAUUAUUGCAUUUGCUUCUUGUGCAACAUUUGACUGUCUCAGUUUUAAUUUGGUUUAAAAAAAAAAGAGGAAAAAAAAAUUCUAAAUGUUAAACGAAAAUCUUUUUAAUAGAAUUUGUAGAAGUGCCAUUAGAAUUUAAUAUAAUUUUUUAAUAAGAAAGGUAUAUUUUAUAGUAAUCAAUUGAUUCAGUGUUAGUGGUGUAGAGAUUAGAGGACAAUCUUUAUGCAGAAUUGACAUUGCUUAGAUAUUUGAGGCAAUUUACUUUGAUCUAUAACUGUAUGUGCAUUUUCCUUGUUUGCGCUUCUGGAGUGUGCUUGUGUGUGUGUGCUGUGGAAAUGUGACAAUCUUGAUUUAGGUCUUUCUUAAGAUUAUGCAUAGAAUUAAAUGGAACAACUUUC